GGCAAUACACUAGGUGAAGUCUCACUACACUAGGUGAAGGUGCAUCCAUCUCGCCAUGGAGGUGAAGGUGCUGAGCUCCAAGCUCGUGAAACCGUCCUACCCGGCGGGCGCGCCGCGGCCGGACACCACAAAGCACGUGCCGUCGUCGGUGUUCGACAAGGCCACGUACCACACGCAGACGGUCACCAUCUACUACAUCUCUCCGCCGGUCCCGUCCCCAGACGCCAUCGAGCGCGGCUACGCCACGGCGCUGGGCGCGUACCGGCUCUUCGCCGGCCAGGUCCGCCCGGGUCCGGACGGCGCGCCAGGGGUGCUGCUCAACGACCACGGCGCCCGCCUCGUGGAGGCGUCCGUGGACGCGCGCCUCGCCGACAUCGCCCCCACGAAGCCGCCCCCCGCCGUGCUGCGGCUGCACCCGGACCUCGACAUCGUGGAGGUGGUGCAGGUGCAGCUCACGCGGUUCGCGUGCGGCUCGCUCGCCGUGGGCUUCACCGCCAACCCCGCCGUGGCGGACGGCCACGCCACCAGCGACUUCCUCGUCGCCUGGGACCGCGCCGCGCGCGGGCUCCCCGUCGGCCCGUCGCCGCCGGUCCACUUCCCGCCGCGCCACGACCCGCCGCGCGCCGGGUUCGAGCACCGCGGCGUGGAGUACUACAGGCCCGCGCCGUCGUUGGCCCACGGCCACGUCCACGGCGACACUACCCAGCACAGCAUCGUGGUCCACAAGGCUCACUUCACCAAGGACUUCGUGGCGGGGCUCCGCGCCAGGGCGUCCGAAGGCCGUGGCCGUCCCUUCAGCCGGUUCGAGACGAUCCUCGCCCACGUCUGGCGCACCAUGACGCGCGCGCGCGGGCUGGGCAGCAACCCGCUCCAGAUCUCCACCAUCCGCAUCUCCGUGGACGGCCGGCCGCGCCUCGCGGCGGCGCCGGCAGGCUACUUCGGGAACCUGGUCCUCUGGGCGUUCCCGCGCGCCACGGUGGGGAGCCUCCUCGGCCGGCCGCUGAAGCACGCGGCGCAGGCGAUCCACGACGCCGUGGCGCGGGUGGACGGGGCCUACGACUUCCAGUCGUUCGUCGACUUCGCGGGCUCCGGCACGGUGGAGAAGGAAGGGCUGGAGACGACGGCCCCUGCUCAAGGAGGAAGGGCCUACUUCCCCACGGAGGGCAUGCUGUUACUGGUGCCGUCCUACAUCGGCGACGGCAGCAUCGACGCCAUCGUGCCGGUGUUCGAGCACAACCUGGAUGCGUUCAAGCAGUGCUGCUACUCCAUGGAGUAGCCAGCUUCAAGUCUUUCAAUCUUUAUACACAUUUUCUAAAAGGAUUAUUACUACGUACUGCUAGGUUAGUAGUAGUGUGUUGCGGCUUUAUCAAUCUUUUAAUUCCUGGGUUUUGUAAAACCUGAGUUAAUUACCUUUUCUUUCUUUGGACCUGUACGUACGAGGACCGAUCUGUGGUCCUCAACCUAGCUCUUCUCUGUGAU